AUGCUGAAUCUGACGCUAGUGCUACAGCACUGGCACUACAAAACCUGGCAGCGCUCCACUGCUGGAUACUUGCGCACAUUUAUGAAGAACAAGCUCCCUGGCAACGAGCUGGUCGGUUACGUGAUCAACGAUAAGCACCCGAAGUCUAUCCGUGUGGCCUGUGACAGGUAUAUGUAUGUAGUGAGGUACAAGAAGGCGUUCAGGUAUACAAAAAAAGUGUGGGCUCACGACGAGGCCAGCGAGGCGCGCCUCGGAGAUGUUGUUCGUCUGCAGCCUCUGGGGUACCGCAUAGGCCCGUGGAAGAACUACUUGCUUGUCAAGAUUCUACAUAAGGAACCGCGGCCGUAUAUGACAAGCGAAACGUAG